GCACUGAGAAGAAAGGCAAUAAAGAACUCUUUUGUUUUGAUAACCCCAAUAUCUGGCCUAGAGGUGCAUGCAGUCCAUUGGUUGGUGUUCAACAUGCCGAAGCGUGCAGCCACUGAAAGCGUUUCCAAUACUCAGAAGUUACAGCAGGCCAAAAGACCCAAACUAUUGCCUCCCAAGCGGAAGUCUGACGCUAAACCGGCUAAAAGGGUGGAAUGGAAAAAUCGCGAACGAACUUUAUUCCUAUGCUCGCGAGGAGUCUCUGCUCUGGGUCGCCAUCUCAUGAAGGAUUUAAUCAACAUGAUGCCCCACUCUAAAUCGGACACAAAACUUGAUACCAAGAAAGACCUCCCAUUAGUUAACGAAAUUGCAGAAAUUCGAAAUGCGACGAAGGUAGUCUUUUUUGAGGGUCGCAAAAAGUGUGAUCUCUAUAUGUGGUUAAGCUGCGUCUCAGGUGGGCCAUCAGCAAAAUUCUUGGUAGAGAACAUGAGUACUACUGCGGAGCUCAAAAUGACUGGCAAUGCGCUUCGAUACAGCCGUCCCAUUCUCUCUUUCGAUUCCAAUUUCGAGGACCCUGAGAUGCCACAUUUGCAACUUCUGAAGGAGGUCUUUGUUCAGUCCUUCGGAACACCCUAUUUUCAUCCUAAAAUGCAGCCCUUUACAGACAAGGUUAUCUCAAUCAUCUUCUUCGCUGGACGAAUCUGGUUCCGUGUGUAUCAGAUUGUCGAGGAGAGCGCAGCUCUCUCGGAGAUAGGACCGCGGUUCUCGCUUUUUCCAAUGAAGAUUUUCUUGGGAAGCUUCAGAGGUGCAAUCAUCUGGGAAAAUCCGAAGUAUAUCUCCCCAAAUAAGAUCCGUCAGACGUUGAGGAUGAGCAAAGGGACGAAGUACAUGGAGAGGAUAGAGGCAAAAAAGAGUAGUAAAAUGAGGAAGAAGUCGCAGACAUUCCUUCACGAAGUUGACGAGACCGAUGAUAUUUUUGAAUAG